AUGUCUGUUGUGGAUCAGAAAGCCAACAUCGAGUUUGUGGAGGACGUCCAACCUCAGAAAGCGCACGAUGAGGUGUUAAUCAACUCUAUGGGGCAUAUUCAGCUGCUUCCUGUACCCAGCAAGGAUGUUAAUGACCCACUCAAUUUUACAUUCUGGGAGAAGACUGGUGUGAUUGUCAGCUGCUGCUGGUUCUCGGUCAUGUCUCUCUGUGUGGUCGGAGGGCUUGGUGCUAUACUGGGGGUCUUUGUUGAGUUAUACGGUGCCGAGGGCGUUAGUCCAACUCAUGUUGUCUGGCUGAGCACGUUUCCUGCGUUGUUUGUGGGAAUCGGGAACUAUUUGAUUCUUCCUUUGGGUCUUAUCUAUGGCCGUCGAUUUGCCGCAGUUCUGGCCAUUGCUCUUAAUUUCAUAUUUACGAUUGCCUGUGCGGUAUCGAAUAGCUUCGAACAACAUUUCGCUUUCCGGAUCAUGCAGGGACUGGCGACAGGUGCCACAGAGUCGCUCCUUCCCUUGAUGCUUUCUGAGGUGACUUUCAUUCAUCAACGGGGGCUGGUGUUUGGUAUUUAUUGGUCAACACAGAACAUGGUCACCAGCUGCCUUAACCUAGCCUCCUCGUAUGAAGUGGCAGCCCUUGGAUGGCGCUGGUUCUACUGGGUCUAUGUGAUUGCAAUAGGCUUGGGUCUGCUGUUGGUCUUAUUUGGCUGCUUUGAAACCAAAUACCAGCGUAGUGCACAGUUUCUCAAUGAGCAGGUGGUUUUCACGGAUCAAUUUGGCGUUACGCGGAUUAUCGCGGCAGCGGACGCUGAAGAGUAUCUGCAGGCACAAGAUGCGGACGACACAAAUAUCCCUGAUGAGGCACGGCCUAAGAAGUCUUAUUCUCAGAUGUUGAAGUUGUGGCAGACACCCGUGGAUAAUCCUAUUCAAACAAUGCUGACCACUUGGUUCCACAUGUUCGAGGCCUUUACUUCUCCGGGUAUUCUAUACGCUACACUACUGAGUUCUGUGGUCCUAGGAUCGAGUAUUGGAUGCAGUUUAACUUACGACUCUGUGUUACAGAGCUACGGGUGGCCGGCCAAGAAUGUUGGGUUAAUCAAUCUGGGCGGAGUAUUCGGUGGUCUUAUCGCCAUGCUAUACGCGGGUGUGUUUGGUGAUUGGUUUGUUUUGUAUAUGGCCAAACGCUCUGGCGGUGUUCAUAUCCCGGAGCACCGACUGAUUCUGUUGAUUAUUCCUGGAAUUCUCAUGAUCGGAUCCCUUCUCCUGUAUGGGUUCACCGCAGACGGCAGCUCUACAUGGGGUGGGCCAUUUAUGGGUUGGACCAUCAUUCAGGUGGUCUUUGUGUCUGUUCUGAUCCUUUCUACGUCAUUUGCGGCUGAGGCCUGGGAGAAGAAUCCAGGUCCUGCUCUUGUGGCAGUUGUGGGGACCAAGAAUAUCAUUUCAUUUGGAAUCAGCUAUGGUUUGGUCCCCAUGGUGGCCAAGUAUAGCUACCCGAUCGCGAUGGGUAUUCUUACGGCAGUGUCAGGUGGCAUUUUUCUUCUUGGAAUUCCAGUUUAUCUCUUCAAUCCUACAUGGCGUCGUUAUAUGCAGCGACGAGAAGCCUUGAAACCGACUCUAUAG